AAAAAAAAAACAAAAAACAAAAAACAAAAAAACUCGGCAACGGGUUCCGGGCCUCGAUAAUUCCUAUUCAGCCCCAGAAAAUGAAGAAGCAUUUUGUUAGGGUAUUUUCUGCUCCUUUCGUAUUCCAUUUCCCUACAGCAACCUUUUAAUCGAAAGAGUUAUUUAUGGCAGGAAUUCUAAGUUGGGCAGGACCUGAAUCGUCUACAACACUGCGUAAAACACCCAACCUUUCUGGGUUCCACCAUGUUCUACGUGUAAAUGUGCUCCGUCCAUCAGUGUACAAUAUUCCCAGGUUUGCUUCCGGAGGACUUCUCAUAAUUACCAGUGUUGGCAGCGGCACAAUGUCGAGUGGUCUUGGACUCGAGGCUCUUGUCGACCAAACAAUAUCAAUCGUCACAAAUGAUGGAAGGAAUAUAGUGGGCGUUUUGAAAGGUUUUGACCAGGCCACAAAUAUAAUUCUUGAUGAAUCCCAUGAACGGGUUUACUCCACUAAGGAAGGAGUUCAGCAACUUGUAUUAGGCCUGUACAUUAAAAGGGGCGAUAACAUAAGUGUUGUUGGAGAAUUAGAUGAAGAGCUUGACUCGAAUCUCAACUUGUCAGAGCUUAGAGCACACCCCCUCAAGCCUGUAAUACACUGACUAACAGAAUGGCUGGGCUUCUUUCUGCUGUUGUUGAGGAUUGGCUAGAGUCAGCCUUGAGGAAGAGGAGUUUUGCUAUUCCCAUGUGCAAUGCAGAGAAUCUGGUCUACUUGUCAAGUAGGUCUCACUAAUCCAUUCUUUGACCUGCAACAGUGCAAGCAUUACCACUGCCUAAUGAUCUAGACCAUUAACCUUAUGGCCUCUGUCAAUCCAUACCCCCUAAGUGCGGGAUUUUUAGCCUUUCACUGGUGAUCUAGAAACGGACAGUCUAAUCACAACAAGGAAAAAUAAAAUAAAACCUGUUGGUCUAAUGAGUAGUAUUUUCUUAUACUUGAGGACUUGGGCAUGACUUUUCCAGAUGGGCUCCGCAGAAUUAAAAGCUUCAGUCAGAGGAGGGCGAGGCCCACCUUUGUGAUAGAGUGCUGAGUUAACGACUUCACUUAAUUGGGGUCAAGCAUUGUAUAUUUCAUUAAAGAAAAUAGAGCUAAAUACCCUUUUUAUCA